AUGAAGAAAUUAAGGCUUAAGGAACUAGAGAGUCGCCUGCAACAAGUGGAUGGAUUCGAAAAGCCCAAGCUACUUCUAGAACAGUAUCCUACCAGGCCGCACAUUGCAGCAUGUAUGCUCUAUACAAUCCAUAACACGUAUGAUGACAUUGAAAAUAAAGUCGUUGCAGAUCUAGGAUGUGGUUGUGGAGUACUUAGCAUUGGAACUGCAAUGUUAGGAGCAGGGUUGUGUGUUGGAUUUGACAUAGAUGAAGAUGCGUUGGAAAUAUUUAAUAGGAAUGUGGAAGAGUUUGAGUUAACAAAUAUUGACAUGGUUCAAUGUGAUGUGUGCUUAUUAUCUAACAGAAUGUCCAAGUCAUUCGAUACAGUGAUUAUGAAUCCUCCCUUUGGGACCAAAAAUAAUAAAGGGACAGAUAUGGCUUUUCUAAAGACUGCUUUGGAAAUGGCAAGAACAGCAGUAUAUUCCUUACACAAAUCCUCAACUAGAGAACAUGUUCAAAAGAAAGCUGCAGAAUGGAAAAUCAAGAUAGAUAUUAUAGCAGAGCUUCGAUAUGACCUGCCAGCAUCAUACAAGUUUCAUAAAAAGAAAUCAGUAAGUCUCUUGAUUUUGGCUGGUCUACAUUCGGUAUUGAAAAGUUUUCUGGGCCGGACGUGGUGGCUCAUGCCUGUAAUCCCAGCUACUCGGGAGGCUGAGGCAAGAGAAUCGCUUGAACUCAGGAGGCGGAGGUUGCAGUGAGCUGAGAUUGCCCCACUACACUCCAGCCUGUGCAACAGAGUGAGAGUCAGUCUCAAAAAAGAAAAAGAAAAAAAAAAAGAAAAGCUUUAUGACAAGUAAUUAUUUCUAGUGUUAUCAACUUUCCUGUGUAAAUAUAGAAAGACAGCCUAGGAGACACCGUAAAUGGCCUGUGGGAAGGGCCCAUAGUCAACAGCUAAUAUUCUAGUUCUUUAUUAAAUGCUCUGGGUACAAAAAGAAAAAAAAAAAAAACUGUUUUUGCUCUUUUCAUAUAGCAUAUAUUUUAUUAGUUUGUACUAAUACAUUCUCAUAUUACAAAGGCAAUUUAAUGGAAGAAUCUUCCUUUUGAUAUUUGAAUCAUCUGAAAUAACACAAACAGAACUAUACAUUCAAAGAAAUCUCAUUUGCAUAACAAAAAGACAAGUUAAACAACAACAAAAAAUUUUUCCUUUCUCACAGGUGGACAUUGAAGUGGACCUAAUUCGGUUUUCCUUUUAAAAGCCCCCGCAAACAAAAGUAGUUUAAAACCUAUUUAAAA